AUGAGGAAGAGGGGAGAGGAGCGAGAGGACAUCACCACUCUCAUUGCCAUGACUAAUACUGCAGACCACAACUACGGGAGCAUGGAUACUGGGAUGUCUCAGGUCAGCUCUGGGGACAAAAAUGUGUUCAGCGAUGGCAUCACUCGCAUCGACUUUGUGUUAGUUUGGGAGGAGAGUUUAGCUGUGUUGAAGGAUGGCGCAUCAGAGAAAGACAAGUCAAGUCACGCCACCCAAGACUCACACAGGAAGUGGAGGGAAGACUUCCUGUCCAGACUUCAAGCAGCCGGCAUCGACCAGGAGAUGCGGGAAGUUCUUCAAGCUAAGAAGAAAAUCUCCUAUGUGCUCCUGAGCGCCCCCUGGAGUGUCCUUUGCUACUACGCUGAGGAGAUCAGUCUCCGGGUCCCUCUGCAGAUGGUAACCACACCAAAUUACAACUGGUCAGAGAGGAUGCUAGAGAAAACAAAAAUCCCAAACCUCAUGAGCCAAGACGUGCCCAGCAUGCCCCCGGACUAUUACACCUGCCAGUUUCGCACCAACAAACUGGAAAGGUUUCUGGGCAGUGAGAAUAAGGAGACGUUCUUCAAGACUACCCAAAGACACCAAGUACUGUAUGAGAUCUUAGCACGGACACCUUAUGGGGCAUUAAAAAGAGGAGAGGUGGGAAUCGAAAGGCUGCUCAGCGAGAACGCCGUCUCUGCUGCAUACCCCCUGCAUGAGGGUCCAUUUCAGAUGCCAGAGGGGGAGGCGGUGGACUCUCAGUCCUUGAGCAUGAGGCAGAUCCUCCACCAGUAUUGGGCUCGCUGGGCCAGCUGGAAGAAGUACCAGCCGCUGGACCACAUCCGAGAGUACUAUGGAGAGAAGAUAGCACUGUACUUUGCCUGGCUGGGGUUCUACACAGGCUGGCUGCUCCCAGCAGCUGUGGUCGGAACACUGGUCUUUCUGUUUGGGAUCUGGUUGAUGUUCACUGAUGCGCCAGCGCGGGAGAUCUGUGAGAGCGAGGAUGAGUUUGUCAUGUGUCCUCUGUGCAAAAUCUGCUCCUACUGGAACCUAUCCAGCAUCUGUACCACCUUCAAGGCAGGGCUGUUAUUUGACAAUGGGGGAACGGUAUUCUUCAGUAUUUUCAUGGCUCUAUGGGCUGUCACUUUCCUGGAAUACUGGAAGCGCACCAGCGCAGUGCUGGCCCACCGAUGGGACUGUUCAGAGUUUCAGGAAACUGAGGAGCGCCCAAGGCCAGAGUUCACUGCCACAGCGCCCCUGACCCUGCGGAACCCUGUGACUGGUGCAGAGGAGCCGUACUUCCCAAAGCGAUGCCGCUUCAACCGCACCCUGACCGGCGGCAUGGUCAUCAUGAUCAUGGUAUCCGUAGUGCUGAUGUUUGUGGUGGCAAUUAUCCUUUACCGGGUGAUUCUGAGCAUCAUCAUUUACAAAUCUCACAAUGCCUUCUUGAUCUUUUCUGCUGGUCGGAUAGCCAGUCUCACAGGGUCCGUGCUGAAUCUUCUGGUGAUCCUCAUGCUCUCCCGGGUCUACAUCUACCUUGCCCAAGUCUUAACGCGUUGGGAGAUGCACCGCACACAGACCAAAUAUGAGGACAUGUUUAUUCUCAAGGUCUUCAUCUUCCAGUUUGUCAACUUCUACUCCUCCCCAGUCUACAUUGCCUUUUUCAAAGGCCGGUUUGUUGGUUACCCUGGCAACUACUACAAUCUCUUGGGAAUACGGAAUGAGGAUUGCGGUGCUGGGGGCUGUCUCAUUGAACUGGCCCAGGAGCUACUGGUCAUCAUGGUGGGAAAACAGGUCAUCAACAACAUUCAGGAGUUUAUCAUGCCAAAACUAAAGGCUUGGUGGCAGAAGCGCAAGAUCCAUCCUAAGGUUAGAGCUGAAGAUGGGAAGGUGAAAGAGGGAGGACAGACACAGGAUGCUGCACCCUGGGAGACCGACUAUGAGCUCCUGCUGUGUGAGGGACUGUUCGAUGAAUAUCUGGAAAUGGUGCUGCAGUUUGGCUUCAUUACCAUCUUUGUAGCGGCAUGUCCACUUGCCCCGCUGUUUGCCCUGAUCAAUAACUGGGUAGAGGUGCGUCUGGACGCGCAGAAGUUUGUGUGUCAGUACAGACGGCCCGUAGCGGAAAGGGCUCAGGACAUUGGAAUCUGGCUGGACAUCCUGCAAGUCAUCACCUACUUUGCUGUCAUUAGUAAUGCCUUCCUGAUAGCUUUCACUUCUGACUUCCUGCCUCGCCUCUACUACCGCUACAACAAUGAUGGAAACCUUAAGGGUUAUGUUAACUUCACCCUGGGUACUUCCCCAAGCAACUUUAACGCCAACAACACGCAAUGCAGAUAUCGAGGAUACAGGGACAGAAAUGGGCAUUUUCGACCGGAGUACUUCCACCUUCUGGCUUGCCGGCUGGCCUUUGUCAUCAUUUUUGAGCAUGUUGUGUUCUUCAUCGGUCGUUUGAUUGACUUCAUGGUCCCUGAUAUACCUGAGGAUGUGGAGAUCAAAAUUAAGAGGGAGCACUACAUGGCCAAGGAGGCCCUGGCUGAGAACGAGGCUUUGGGUAAGGUUGUCAUCCUACUUGAAAAGGAGAAUCUGUCCACUGAGCUGCGACACAGAGCCAAACCUCAAACCUCCACAGCGUCUCCACCCCGGGAGAGCAACUCACCACCACCCUUACUGAAUCCAAUCCCAGAGGACCCAGACAGAUCACCGCUCUAA